AUGGCAUCAACACUACCCCGCCUGCCCAUUUUCGAAGCCAUAAAAAAACACGAUGCGCAAAGCACCGCUGUUGUACAUUCCCUAUCUGGGCGCACAUUUACCUACGGAGAGUUGGUAAAUGAUGUUGCAGCUGCGAAAGACAAGUUGCAGAGGAGCACCAACGGACAAAGUGCGGAGGGACAGAGAAUCUCCUUCUUGGUGGAAAAUGGCUACGAUUAUGUAGGUGUUGACAGUCUCACAGUGACCCUACUCUCCAUCCUCGCCGCGCAUGCAAUCGCCGUCCCACUCUCACCGACGUUCCCUGCCCAUGAGCUACGAUACAUCAUCGACCAAAGCGAGUCGCUCAUGCUUCUCUCGUCCGAGAAGUUUCAGAGUCAAGCCGACGAUGUGUUAAAGGAAGGCAUGGAAACGAAGCCAAUCAAUUACAAGCAGGAGAAGAUCAUGAUGGGAAAGACUGACGAUUAUGUCACUCUGGAAGAACCUACGAGUGAAAAGGGUGGCAUGAUGCUGUACACAUCGGGGACAACGAAUCGACCGAAAGGCGUGCUACUUCCUCAGGAUGUACUGACAGCUCAGUCGAGGUCGUUGUUGGAAGCUUGGAAUUAUACCAAGGAUGACGUUCUUCUACACGUUCUACCGCUACAUCACAUCCACGGCACAGUCAAUGCGCUUCUGACACCCUUGUUUGUGGGAAGCACCAUUGAAUUCCAGUUUCCCUUCAACGCAACGGCAGUGUGGGAAAGAUUGGCGGCUCCUUUCCUUCCGAACCCCGACCCAGCGAAGAAACCUAUCACUUUCCUCACAGUUGUGCCGACGAUAUACACCCGUCUGCUGUCUUCGCAUUCCACUCUAUCUCCCGAGAUGCAAGCUGCUACAAAGACUGCUCUUCACCCAUCGAACAUGCGCCUGAACAUUUCCGGAUCGGCCGCACUCCCUACACCUGUCAAAUCAGCAUGGACAGAACUGAGCGGCGGUAACGUUCUUCUAGAACGCUAUGGCAUGACAGAAGUCGGCAUGGCACUUUCAUGUGGCCUCUCUUUUGCCGACCGUGUAGACGGCUCAGUAGGCUGGCCCCUCCCCUCGGUGCAAGCACGGCUCGCAGACACCGAGACGGGCGAGAUCAUCCAAGAAGGCGAAGAGAUUGACCCAGCCACGAACCGCGAACGACAGGGCGAGAUCCAACUCCGCGGCCCCACGAUAUUCCGAGAAUACUGGAAGAAUCCCGAAGCCACGGAGAAGGAGUUUGUCGAGGGCGAUGAUGGCGCGGGCAAGUGGUUCAAGACCGGCGACGUUGCGGUUCGACGAUACGUGGAUAGCGCAGGGAAAAGCGAACAAGCAUGGGCUAAAGGACCGCUGUAUUUUAUCCACGGGCGCAAAUCAGCCGACAUCAUCAAAACCGGCGGAGAAAAGGUGUCCGCGCUGGAAAUCGAGCGCGAGAUGCUGUCCCUCCCACAGGUCUCUGAAGUAGCCGUCGUGGGUCUACCGUCGGAAGCUUGGGGCCAGAAAGUCGCUGCCGUCGUCGUGUUGUCUGAACAAGGCAAGACGGCAGGGAAGGGCGGGAAGCAGUGGUCUGCGCUGGACAUGAGGAGGGCGCUCAAGGAGAUCCUGGCGAAUUACAAGAUUCCGCAGGAGAUGAAGGUGGUGGAUGUGAUACCGAGGAAUGCUAUGGGGAAGAUUAAUAAGAAGCAGUUGGUUAUUCAGAUUUGGGGGGAGCCGCUGGAUGCUGCCGAGGGCAAGGGGAAUGGAGCGGUUCAGGUGCCGAAUGGAAGUGUAUGA